AUGGAACCCGUGGCCAGUAACAUCCAGGUUCUGUUGCAGGCGGCAGAGUUCCUGGAGCGCCGUGAGAGAGAGGCUGAGCACGGCUAUGCGUCCUUGUGCCCACACCGCAGUCCGGGUCCUAUCCACAGGAGGAAGAAGCGACCCCCUCAAACUCCUGAUGCGCUGGACAGUGGGCGGUCUGUGCACAAUGAGCUGGAGAAGCGCAGGAGGGCCCAGCUGAAACGAUGCCUGGAGCGGCUGAAGCAGCAGAUGCCCCUGGGGACUGACUGUGCCCGAUAUACCACACUGAGUCUGCUGCGCCGUGCCCGGAUGCACAUCCAGAAGCUGCAGGAGCAGGAGCGGUGGGCGCAGCAGCUCAAGGAGAAGCUGCGUGGCGAGCAGCAGAGCCUGCAGCUGCAGCUGGAGCAGCUCCGAGGGCCAGUGGGGGCGGGCGAGCGAGAGCGGCUGCGCACCGACAGCCUCGACUCCUCAGGCCUCUCCUCGGAGCGCUCGGACUCCGACCAAGAGGAACUGGAGGUGGACGUGGAGAGCCUGGUGUUUGGGGGUGAAGCUGAGCUGCUGCAGGGCUUCAGCGCCAGCCAGGAGCACAGCUACUCGCACAGCGCAGGCGCCUGGCUCUGAUGUGCUACCCCAGGUCGGGCCUCUGCCCUGACCACCCUCUGCUGGCACUGGGCAGAUUCUGCCAGGCAAGAUUCCUCUCCAGGCCUCAAGGGCUGCUCAAGAGUCACCUGUUGAAAUGGACUGAAAGGACGCUUGGUGUGGGAACUGGUGCUCCUUUCAUACUGUGCUGCUGCCAGGCAGUUGCUCCAGUGGGACUAGGGUAGGACUC